AAAAAUAUCUGAGUCUGCGUCUCCCAUGGAUUCUUCUUCUUCCUCCUCCCUCCACACACAGAUUACGUAGUCCCCAACAAGUGAUAAAGGGAUCUAUUCACUUGCAAAAAAGGAAUAAUACAGACAGAGAAAGAAAAUUAUCAAUUACCGGAGUUAUGAUCGGUAAAGAGGGGAGAUCGAGUGAAUCGCUUUGCGAGAAGUCCAUGUUGUUGCUUGCGAAUUUAAUCAAGCUUUCGAGCUCGAUUUCUUUCGCAAAUACGGCGAAUGAAGCAACCGCCGGAACUUCGGCGACGAGACAGCGAUCUGGCGGAAAUUCAGCGGCGACGCCUCUGAUUCCGGGAAGUAGACGGCUGCAGGAGCCGCAGAGCCGAGCGAAACCGAUCUACGUGACGAAGCCGGGCGGAGACGGCUUCCAAAUCAGCCAUGGAUCGCCGAGGUAUUCGCCUUCUUCCUCUUCUUCUUCUUCUUCUUCUUCGAACGUGAUUCACGGAGAGAGCGAUUGUGACGAGGCGAAUGUCGAUGGUUGGGCCUAUAAGUACAUAGAGAGAGUUCAUAGGAACAGGAAGGAUUUCGAUCAAUAUCCGACGAACGAGAAGCCGUAUUCAAUGGGUAAAAAUCGCCAUCGCAGAGUCACCUCUGUUCUAAACUAGCUACGGUUUGCCCCGGAUAAACCCCUAGGGUCUCUGAAUUUAAUCAAUGUUUUCUAAUUACCAAG